AUGCUGCUGCUGCUCCUGCCGCUGGCGCUGGCGCCGCUCUUCCUCCGCCCCCCGGGCGCGGGCGGGGCACAGACCCCCAACGCCACCUCGGAAGGUUGCCAGAUCAUACACCCGCCUUGGGAAGGGGGUAUCAGGUACAGGGGCCUGACUCGUGACCAGGUGAAGGCUAUCAACUUCCUGCCGGUGGACUAUGAGAUUGAGUAUGUGUGCCGGGGAGAGCGAGAGGUGGUGGGGCCCAAGGUCCGAAAGUGCCUGGCCAAUGGCUCCUGGACAGAUAUGGACACACCCAGCCGCUGUGUCCGAAUCUGUUCCAAGUCAUAUUUGGCCCUGGAAAAUGGGAAGGUCUUCCUGACGGGUGGGGACCUCCCCGCUCUGGAUGGAGCCCGGGUGGAUUUCCGGUGUGACCCUGACUUCCAUCUUGUGGGCAGCUCCCGGAGUAUCUGUAGUCAGGGCCAGUGGAGCACUCCCAAGCCCCACUGCCAGGUGAACCGAACGCCGCACUCAGAGCGGCGAGCGGUGUACAUCGGGGCGCUGUUUCCCAUGAGCGGGGGCUGGCCGGGGGGCCAGGCCUGCCAGCCCGCGGUGGAGAUGGCGCUGGAGGACGUGAAUAGCCGCAGGGACAUCCUGCCGGACUACGAGCUCAAGCUCAUCCACCACGACAGCAAGUGUGACCCAGGCCAAGCUACCAAGUACCUGUAUGAACUGCUCUACAACGACCCCAUCAAGAUCAUCCUCAUGCCUGGCUGCAGCUCUGUCUCCACGCUUGUGGCUGAGGCUGCCAGGAUGUGGAACCUCAUUGUGCUCUCCUAUGGUUCCAGCUCACCAGCUCUGUCCAACCGGCAGCGCUUUCCUACCUUCUUCCGAACUCAUCCCUCGGCCACGCUCCACAACCCUACGCGAGUGAAGCUCUUUGAGAAGUGGGGCUGGAGGAAGAUUGCCACCAUCCAGCAGACCACCGAGGUGUUCACAUCGACUCUGGACGACCUAGAGGAACGAGUGAAGGAGGCUGGGAUUGAGAUUACUUUCCGCCAGAGCUUCUUCUCAGAUCCUGCCGUGCCUGUCAAGAACCUCAAGCGCCAGGAUGCCCGAAUCAUCGUGGGACUUUUCUAUGAGACUGAAGCCCGGAAAGUGUUCUGUGAGGUAUACAAGGAGCGGCUCUUUGGGAAGAAGUAUGUGUGGUUCCUCAUUGGGUGGUAUGCUGACAAUUGGUUCAAGACCUACGACCCCUCCAUCAACUGCACAGUGGAUGAGAUGACCGAGGCUGUGGAAGGCCACAUCACCACUGAGAUUGUCAUGCUGAACCCAGCCAACACCCGCAGCAUCUCCAACAUGACAUCCCAGGAGUUUGUGGAGAAACUGACCAAGAGACUCAAGAGACACCCUGAGGAGACAGGCGGCUUCCAGGAGGCACCGCUGGCCUAUGAUGCCAUCUGGGCCUUGGCAUUGGCCCUGAACAAGACAUCUGGAGGGAGCGGCCGUUCGGGGGUGCGCCUGGAAGACUUCAACUACAACAACCAGACGAUCACAGACCAAAUCUACCGCGCAAUGAACUCCUCGUCCUUUGAGGGUGUCUCUGGCCACGUGGUGUUUGAUGCCAGCGGCUCACGGAUGGCCUGGACUCUGAUUGAGCAGCUGCAGGGUGGCAGCUACAAGAAGAUCGGCUACUAUGACAGCACCAAGGAUGACCUUUCCUGGUCUAAAACGGACAAAUGGAUUGGAGGGGCCCCCCCGGCCGACCAGACCCUGGUCAUCAAGACAUUUCGCUUCAUGUCACAGAAGCUCUUCAUUUCAGUCUCUGUCCUCUCCAGCCUGGGCAUUGUCCUGGCUGUGGUCUGUCUGUCCUUUAACAUCUACAACUCUCAUGUCCGUUACAUCCAGAACUCCCAGCCCAACUUGAACAAUCUGACUGCUGUGGGCUGCUCCCUGGCGUUGGCUGCCGUCUUCCCCCUGGGGCUAGAUGGGUACCACAUCGGGAGAAGCCAGUUUCCUUUUGUGUGUCAGGCACGCCUCUGGCUCCUGGGUCUGGGCUUCAGUCUGGGCUAUGGCUCCAUGUUCACGAAGAUCUGGUGGGUCCACACGGUCUUCACUAAGAAGGAGGAGAAGAAGGAGUGGAGGAAGACCCUGGAGCCCUGGAAGCUGUACACCACAGUGGGCUUGCUAGUGGGCAUGGAUGUCCUCACUCUUGCCAUUUGGCAGAUGGUAGACCCCUUGCACCGGACCAUUGAGACUUUUGCCAAGGAGGAACCAAAGGAAGAUAUUGAUGUGUCCAUCCUGCCCCAGCUGGAGCACUGCAGCUCCAAGAAAAUGAACACCUGGCUUGGCAUUUUCUAUGGUUACAAGGGGCUGCUGCUGCUGCUAGGCAUCUUUCUUGCUUAUGAGACCAAGAGCGUGUCUACUGAGAAGAUCAAUGACCACCGGGCUGUGGGCAUGGCCAUCUACAACGUGGCGGUCCUGUGCCUCAUCACUGCCCCGGUCACCAUGAUCCUGUCCAGCCAGCAGGAUGCAGCCUUCGCCUUUGCAGCUCUUGCCAUAGUGUUCUCCUCCUACAUCACUCUGGUCGUUCUGUUCGUGCCGAAGAUGCGCAGGUUGAUCACCCGGGGUGAGUGGCAGUCGGAGGCGCAGGAUACCAUGAAAACGGGGUCGUCGACCAACAACAAUGAGGAAGAGAAGUCCCGACUGUUGGAGAAGGAGAACCGGGAGCUGGAGAAGAUCAUUGCUGAGAAAGAGGAGCGAGUGUCCGAGCUGCGCCAUCAGCUUCGUUCUCGGCAGCAGCUGCGCCCUCGGCGUCACCCCCCGACGCCCCCAGACCCCUCAGGGGGCCUGCCCAGGGGACCCCAUGAGCCCCCUGACCGGCUCAGCUGUGACGGGAGCCGGGUUCACUUGCUGUACAAGUGAGGGCGUGAGCGGGGAGGGGACUGGCUGGGAGGACGCCCCCCCUCUGAUAGUCUGGAGUGGUCUGGGUGCCCUGGACUGUUCUAGAUCCACUGUCCAGUGCGCACCAGGCGCUGCUGCUUCCCCACCGGCCCCUCCCGCCCCCUCCUGCCCCCCUCCCCUUCCAGGUCUCCUACACAGACCCAUCCCUCGCACCUGUACCUGCACCUGCUCUGUCCCCUGGAUGUUGCCUUUUCCUGGCACUCACAUGCCCCCACCUCUGCUCCUCCUCACUCACAUGCUCCUCCUGUGCUCAUGUGCACACAUGCUUUCUCCUCUGUCCUGUGGCCUCAUGUGGCCCUGGUGGUGGGGGCACCACUGUCCCUGGAGCAGAGGCAGGUGUUCCCCAUGGGUGCAAAGCCAUGUGCGUCCCUGCAUCUUUGCUGUGUGUUCAUGCGACCUGGGUGCCCCCACCCUUUGCAUUGGAACAUCGUCCUAUUCUCCCAAAACAGCUGCAGGCACCCACUCUGCACCUUGUUAUGAACUUUCCUUGGAUUCACACCCUCACCUGGUUUCUGCUUGAGCUCCGCCCCCACUUUGUGCUCAUGUAUCCUAGGUCCACAUUCACAUUCCUUCCCAGGACUGCUUCCUUUGGUUUUGUGUUUUUCUGGGGGGAGUUAAGAGAGAAGAAAUGAGGGCAGGCUUGGGGAGCUGCUUCCAGUAGAAGUGAGAAUCCUAACCACAGGAAGCCACCUCGACUGCUGGCAUGGACGGAGGGAACUCCAGGGCAGAAGGUGGCAUCCCCUUUGCAUUGAGGUGUCUCUUGGGGAGGGAUCUCCCCUAGUCUCAAUAAACCAGUGAACAGUGUGA